CGGCCGCGUGCGCGCCGACUCUCGCACUUUCUCCGCUUUAGGCGCCCAGGCUCUAAGACAGAGCGACAGCCAUCAACAGCGGAGGCAGAAGGCCGGCCUGCAGUCCGCUUCGACAUUCUCAGGUUCGAGGCGGGAGCAUGUAGCCCCCACGCGAACCUCGCCCCUUAACGGCCCGCCGCUCGCGCAGCUCUGCAGAGAGAGCGUGGCGGUAGGGUUAGCACCCAUUGGUCCGUCGCAGCCCUCCGCCCGCCCACUCGCCACGCUUAUUGGCCGGAGUGGCGGCGCCCGCUGGGUAGGCGGUGGCGGCGUCCCUCCCUCGCGCCUGCCCUCAAGAGGGCGACGAGGAAGCGGCCACCUCCCUGCGCCCCGCCCCUUCGGCUGGCUUGCUGGCUCCCGGCUCCUCCUGACGUACCCCAGCUCCUCACAGGUCUUCCCGGCGCUCUCCUAGCUCCCUCCUGCUCCGGCUCCGGCUCGGCGGCAGCGGGCAGUUGCAGUGGUGCAGAAUGGCUGACCUCAGUCUUGCAGAUGCAUUAACAGAGCCAUCUCCAGAAAUUGAGGGAGAGAUAAAGCGGGACUUCAUUGCCACACUAGAGGCAGAGGCCUUUGAUGAUGUCGUGGGAGAAACUGUUGGAAAAACAGACUAUAUUCCUCUCCUGGAUGUUGAUGAGAAAACCGAGAACUCAGAAUCAAAGAAGAAACCAUGCUCAGAUACUAGCCAGGUUGAAGAUACUCCAUCUUCUAAACCAACACUGCUAGCCAAUGGUGGUCAUGGAAUAGAAGGGAGCGAUGAUACUACAGGGUCUCCAACUGAAUUCCUUGAGGAGAAAAUGGCCUACCAGGAAUACCCCAACAGCCAGAACUGGCCAGAAGAUACCAACUUUUGUUUCCAACCUGAGCAAGUGGUCAAUCCUAUCCAGACUGAUCCCUUUAAGAUGUACCGUGAUGAUGGCCUGACAGAUUUGGUCUUUAUCUCCGGUGGAACAGGCAAUUCUUCAAUAUUUACAGGACAAAGUGAUCCCUUGAAAGACAGCUAUGGUAUGUCUCCCUGCAACACAGCUGUUGUACCUCAGGAGUGGUCUGUGGAAGCCUUAAACUCUCCAUACUCACAGUCCUUUGUUUUCCCAGCGGCCAGUGCAGAACCUCCUCAGCCAACAGCAGAGCUAGCCAAGGAGAUAGAAAUGGCGUCAGAAGAAGAGAGGCCACCAGCACAAGCAUUGGAAAUAAUGAUGGGACUGAAUACUAUGGAUAUAGCACCGUCUAAAGAAACAGAGAUAGCCCUCACCAAGGACAUUGCACAAGAAGUGGCAUUGACUAAAGAUAUGGAACCACCCACCAAAUUAGAUGUGACUCUGGCCAGGGACACACAGCCAUCCAUGGAAUCAGAUAUGGCCCCAGUCAAGGACAUGGAACUACCCAUAGAAACAGAAGUGACCCCAGUUAAGGAUGUUGAAUGGCCCACAGAAACAGAUAUGUCUUUGGCCAAGCAUGUGGUACUGCCCACAGAAACAGGGGUAGCCCCAGCCAAGAAUGUGACACUGUUCAAAGAAACAGAGAGGGCACCUCCUAUAAAAAUGGACUUGUCCCCUUCCAAGGACAUGGGACCUUCCGAAGAAGACGAGAUAGCCCCAGCCAAGGGUUUGGUGUUACCCUCAGAAAUAGAGGUGGCACAGGCUAAAGACAUUAUAUCAUCCACAGAAAUAUCCUCCGCUGAGAAAGUGGCUUUGUCCUCCGAAACAGAGGUAGCCCUGGCUGUCGACAUGGCACAGCCCCCAGAAACCAAUGUGGUCUUGACCAAGGAUAAAGCACUGCCUUUAGAAGCAGAGGUAGCCCCAGUCAAGGACAUGGCUCAACUCCCAGAAACAGAAAUGACCCUGGGCAAGCAUAUGGCUCUGUUCACAGAAAAAGAAGUGGCUUCAUUGAAGAAGGACAUAUCUCCACUGUCAGAAACAGAAAUGGCUUUGGGCAAGGAUGUGACUCCACCUCCAGAAACAGAAAUAGUUCUCAUCAAGAACAUAUGUCUGCCUCCAGAAACAGAGGUGGUCCUGACUAAGGACCAGGUCCCAGCACCCAAAACAGAAGCAGCCCUGACUAAGAAUGGGGUUCUGACCCCCGCCAACAAUGUGACUCCAGCCAAAGAUGUUGCACCACUCUCAGAAACAGAGGCAACAUCAGUUCCAAUUAAAGACAUGCAAAUUGCACAGACACAAAAAGGAAUAAGUGAGGAUUCCCUUUUAGAAUCUCUGCGGGAUGCCGGGCAGUCAGCUGCACCUACUUUGAUGAUUUCACCAGAACCCAUCACAGAUAUGGGGGGAAAGUGCAGCUUGCCAGCCAAUGAAGAUUAUGUGUUAGAAAAACUAGAGGAAAAGAAGCCAUGCAACAGUCAACCUUCUGAGCUUUCUUCAGAGACCUCAGCCAACUUCAUGUUUUCCGGUACCCCUCCCACACAAGCCAAACAAGCUUGCAGACCCAGUGACCACAGGUCAGCCCGGCCCAAGCCUGCCAGGGUCCCUCCUGAGCUGCUGGGAGGCCCUCCUCCGUGGAAGACUCUUGAUCACAGGCUGGGCCACUGCUCUUUGUCUGAGUCAGGUUGGGUCUCUGGUUCAUCCUCCUGUGGUGAACCUAGGAACCAAAGGAAAAGUAUUCAUGUCGACUCACUUGAACCCCAGAGGGAUCUUGGCAGGGAGUCCUGGGAUAUAGAAAGCACACCAAUGAUGAUGAAGAAAAAGAAGAAGAAACCAAAACAAAAGAGAUACUCUCAACCCCGGGCUGGAGGACCUUGGAAUGAUGACAAUGCAGAUAAGCCUAAAGGUCAUCCCUUUCCAACUGACACACAAAAAGCAGGUGUUCUUCCCAGCCAAUCUACCAAUAUGGGUACAGAAUAUGGACUUGUAUCUGGAGAAAACUUGAAAAGGGAAUGUGUAGUUGACUCUAGUGCAGCCAGACUGGUAGCUGAGAACUUUGUCUUAGACAGUCUCAGAAUUCCUUUAUGUCCUUCAGAAGAACCCCCCAAAACUGCAGUAAGUUCUCAGUCCACACUGAGAGGAGAUGAAGAGAGCAAAGGUAACAAGUCAGUACCACAAAGCCAAGACAAGAAAUUGCUGAAGCAACAUGAAUACAAACCACAGCCUGCGCCCCACCUGAAGAUUCCUGUAGAUAAAAGCCAGUUAGUAGGCCCUCUAAAUCUGAAAGGGCCCCUAGCAGAAGUUUCAGCAUACAAUGUAGAAACUCCUUUGGAUAGCACACUCAAAGAAGGUUGCUCUCCUGUCUUGGACCAAGAGGUUAUGGGUAUAGUUUUAAAACCCACAGCAGCAAAAGAACUACCAAAUUUGAUAGCAAGUAAUCUAUUAGAAUGUAAUCUAAAAGAAGGGAAUAAUGAAAGCAAAAUGACUAAACUGCAGAAUGUCAAACAGAAAGAGUUUCCUGAAGGAGCUGAAGAGGAUAAAGAACUAAAAAAGGAAGUUUUUCCCAAGCAAAGACAAGAGAUUAGUAUCUUUACUUCUGAGCAGCUGCAGGGCCAAGUGAUGGUACAGGUCCCUGGGCUAGAGAAUGAACCAUUUAAGAGAAUGGCAAGUGAUGGCAAAAGCAGGAAGGGAAGGGGAAGUUCUGGGAAAAUGAGAACAGAUUCUAGGAAGGUAAAAGCAAAAUCUGAGCUGCCGUUUCUUCUGGACAGCCAGAAGGAAGGAAGGGCUGUCCUCACACAGAGUGAGCCAGUCCCUAAAACUGAAGGAAUGGCUACUCAGGAUAAGAGUGAGGAGCUGGGGCUGAAUUCUUCAAAGCAACCAGACACUAUGACUGAUCUCAUGGAAGCAGCAGUGAUAGGGGAGCCUAAAGAGACUACUCAGCUUAAGGUGGCAGACACCUUGCAGGCAUUGAUUCCCUUGGAAAGUAGAUCAGACAUGACUCAGACUUCUGGUGUUAGGACAGAAACAGGAGAUGGAGGCAAAGAUAUGGGUGUCAGUAACCAGAGCAAGGAAGGAAAAUGUCAUUGGAAGGAUCAUGAGGCAGCUCCCUGGAUUUCUGAAAAGCCUAAAAAGAGAGGCAAUGAAGGCAAAAGCAGAAAGUUUCGAAGUAAUUAUUCCACACAGCCUGCUAAAAUGGAGAGGAAGGAAGAAAUCCUCAGUCUACCUUUUGAAGGGAAGGAUGGAGUUGCUGGUAGUAUUCCCCAUAAAAGCAAGGAAUUAGGACUAACUUUCCCCCAAACACAUGAUUCUUUGUUCUCACAUACACCAGGUACACCCACAGUCGAGGUAGUUGACAGAAAGGGUGGAAAUGUUGAGGUUAAUUUUGUUGAGCUUGGGACUCUUGAGGAAAACAAAACAAGUACAGUCAAGGCUUCUGCAGUUACUGAACCAGCUGCCAAGGUGACAGAUGUGCACUGCCAAGAGCAAAUCCAGGGAGCAGGAUUUGUUCCUUCAGUAGUAGCUGAGGAGAAUGAGACAGAUGCAGCCAAUAGACACAGUGCAGUAGCUGACAAACCAAGUAAAAGGAGUAAUGAUGGAAAAAGUAAAAAGGUUAAAAAUAGUUCUCCUGAGAAACACAUUCUGGAGAAUAAGAUAGAUGCAACAAAAAUACAUGUUCCCAUGGAAACCACAGGGGACCAGGGAAUGGAAGGAAUGGCCUAUAUGGACGAAAAUAGAAAUAUUACAUUUACCUGUCCCAGAACACCAUCAGAACUGAUGAAUAAGUCAUUUCCUCCAGAGGUUCUGAAAUCAGCAGCCUGUGAAAAACUGCCCACUCCUACUUCUCAAGUAGUAAAGGAAGGUGAUUCCUUUCCAGAUACCUUGGCAAAAAAUGGGCAAGAGAGAACUCCAGCCCAGAUUUCUAAAUCAUUGGUAGUAGAUAACUACACCAAAGAUAGAGUCCCAGGUCAAGAAAGACUCAAGCCUCCAUCUGCUGUUGUGCCCUCUACAAGCACAGGAGGAGUUGUUCUGCCUAUUACAGUAGCCAUAGAAACAGUUAACAGUCAUGGAGAUAACUCUCUUAAGAAUAAAGGUAAGCUUGCUGAUUCCAUGAAAAAUGAAGCAGGGAUCGAUGAAGGGCAUGUGGUAGGAGAAUAUGAGUCAGUGCACAAUGGUGCAUCUAAGCAUUUAGUAGAGAAAGUCACAGAGCUAGCAAAAGGUCACUUCCUUCCUGGAGUGCCAGUAGAAGACCAGAGCCUACCAAGAGAGGUCGGAGCCCUAGAAGCAUAUGCAGAUAGAGGUAAUUUCCCAGCACAUUUAGUGAGUGAAGAGAAAGAGACUAAAGAAGGGUCUGCUGUAGUUCAACUUCCUGACUUACUAGAAGACAAAGCACAAAAGCUCAGUUUUUGUGAGGACCAAAAUGCUGAAGAUAGAAAUUCCAAGGGUCCAGAUAGUUUGAAUAAGCAGGUAAAUCUGACUCUUUUGUCUCCAAAAAGUGAAAAUGAUAAAUUGAAAGAGAUUAGUCUGACCUGUAAAAUCAUGGAAUUGGAAAGUGUUUCCUUGCCAACACCAGAAAUCAGGUCAGAUUUCUUACAUAGCAAAGCUGAAGCUCCUCCUUCAGAGAUGGCGGAUAAGUUAGUAAUAAUGACUGCUUCCAAGGGUGUUCGACUCCCAGAACCCAAAGAUAAGAUCUCGGAGACACCUCAGAAAAUGACAGAAAAAUCUGAAUCAAAGACACUGGGAGAAGGGAAAAAGGAAGAUAAAAGCAGAAUGACAGAACCAAUGAAAGGCUACAUGAGACCCACCAAGUCCCGUGGACUUACUCCACUUUUGCCAAAGUCUACAAUCCAGGAACAAGAGAGAUAUAAGCAACUGAAGUCCACUGGAGUAGCCAGGCCAGAAGAAGGAAGGCCUGCUGUGAGUGGGACUGGAAAUGACAUCACCACCCCACCAAACAAGGAGCUCCCACCAAGCCCAGAGAAGAAAACAAAGCCUUUGGCCUCCACUCAGCCUGCAAAGACUUCAACAUCGAAAGCCAAAACACAGCCCACUUUUCUCCCUAAGCAGCCAGCUCCCACCACCACUGGUGGGUUGAAUAAAAAACCCAUGAGCCUUGCUUCAGGCUUAGUACCAGCUGCCCCACCCAAACGCCCUGCUGUCGCCUCUGCCAGGCCUUCCAUCUUACCUUCAAAAGACGUGAAGCCAAAGCCCAUUGCAGAAGCAAAGGCUCCUGAGAAGCGGGCCUCACCAUCCAAGCCAGCUUCUGCCCCAGCCUCCAGAUCUGGAUCCAAAAGCACUCAGACUGUUCCAAAAGCCACAACAGCUACCGCUGUUGCCUCAACUGGGCCAAGCAGUAGGAGCCCCUCCACGCUCCUACCCAAGAAGCCCACUACCAUUAAGACUGAGGGAAAACCUGCAGAAGUCAAGAAGAUGACUGCAAAGUCUGUUCCAGCUGACUUGAGUCGCCCCAAGAGCACCUCCACCAGUUCCAUGAAGAAAACCACCACUCUUGGUGGGACAGGCCCUGCUGCAGGGGUGGCUCCCACCCGAGUCAAGCCCACACCUAUGCCGUCUCGGCCCUCCACAACUCCUUCCAUGGACAAGAAGCCCACCUCAGCCAAGCCCAGCUCCACCACCCCCAGACUCAGCCGCCUGGCCACCAAUGCUUCUGCUCCUGAUCUGAAGAAUGUCCGCUCCAAGGUUGGCUCCACGGAAAACAUCAAGCAUCAACCUGGAGGAGGCCGGGCCAAAGUAGAGAAAAAAUCAGAGGCAGCUGCUACAACUCGAAAACCUGAAUCUAAUGCAGUCACUAAAACAGCCGGCCCAAUUGCAAGUGCACAGAAACCACCUGCGGGGAAAGUCCAGAUAGUCUCCAAAAAAGUGAGCUACAGCCAUAUUCAGUCCAAGUGUGGUUCCAAGGACAAUAUUAAGCAUGUCCCUGGAGGUGGUAAUGUUCAGAUUCAGAACAAGAAAGUGGACAUCUCUAAGGUCUCCUCCAAGUGUGGGUCUAAGGCUAACAUCAAGCACAAGCCUGGUGGAGGAGAUGUCAAGAUUGAAAGUCAGAAAUUGAACUUCAAGGAGAAGGCCCAGGCCAAGGUGGGAUCCCUCGAUAAUGUGGGCCACCUACCUGCCGGAGGUGCCGUGAAGACUGAGGGCGGUGGCAGCGAGGCUCCUCUGUGUCCGGGCCCCCCUGCUGGGGAGGAGCCGGCCAUCUCUGAGGCAGCACCUGAAGCUGGCGCCCCCACUUCAGCCAGUGGCCUCAGUGGCCACCCCACCCUGUCAGGGGGUGUUGACCAAAGGGAGGCCCAGACCUUGGACAGCCAGAUCCAGGAGACAAGCAUCUAAUGAUGACAUUCUGGUCUCGUCUUCCGUCUCCCCUGUUCCCCUCUUGUCUCCCUCGUUCCCCUCUCCCUUCCCUCCUCCCAUGUCACUGCAGAUUGAGACCUACAGGCUGACGUUCCGGGCAAACGCCAGGGCCCGCACCGACCAUGGGGCCGACAUUGUCUCCCGCCCCCCACACUUCCCUGGUGGCCCCAACUCAGGCUCUCGGGUCUUUGGCCCCCUUUCCCGGGCUGUCCACUAGAUCAGUGAGCGCUUAGGCGCCAGGCAGCCCGCUAGGCUCGCCUUCCCUCCUGCUUUGCGCCCUGGGGCAGCAGCAGCCCCGCCCACACCUCUCGCUCCUGGCUGGGCCCAGCUCCCUGCUUUGGUCUUGUCCCAUCACUGCGCCACUGCUCCGUGGAGAGGUUGGGAGGGGAUUGGAGUGGCUGAGGCUAAGUUGGAAUCUAAAAGGGGAGAACCAGAUUCUGCCCUCAUCUUUGUUUGGUUCUUUUGGUCCAAACCCAAAAGAAACAUGCCCUCCCUCCCUGGAGGGAAGAGUGGAGGCGGAUUCCAAGUGGUGACAGGACGCUGACCCUGGGGCUUAAGCCACUGCCUCUCCUUUUGGCCUCACAAAGGCAUCCCCCUCCCCUGCAGGUGGUAUCAGGCCCUUCUUGCUGCCCUGCCCCAAGUUAGGGGCCAGUGCUGUCCCCAUGCUUAACAUACCCACCUAGCUGCUGUCACAUUUCGUCUUUUUUUUUUUUUUUCCUAAUAACCUAAAAACUGGCAAAAUAGUUCUGCAGGUUGAAGCCAUGUCUACGUGAAAGUCCUCAGUAAGUGUUAGAGGGACAGGGCGAGGAGAUCCUUAUGCUGCCCCCACCGGAGGAUGUGGGCAGUUAGGGCCCUGGAGGUGGCGUGGCAGGAAGAGGAGUGCAGAGGCUGUGGCUGGUGACCGGGUCAGGCACACGAGGGGCUCGUAGAGCGGUGACUGGUUGGUCGUUUUGCCAUUUUGUGUGUAUGCUGCUUUUCUUUUCUAACCAAGAGGCUGGUUUUGGCAUCUCUGUCCCAUUCCCUGGAUCUGGUCGUGGUCAGCCCUAGGACAGCCAGGGCUAGAACAGAAAAGGGCCCAGGAGAUGGAAAUCCUUCGGGCCGGCACCCGCAACCUAGGACACGCAAGCCCUCAUGUCCAGGGGAGCCUCAUGCAGAUAGUGGGAAAUCAGGUCUGGAAAUGUAAAAAGGCAUGAGACUAAGGCCAUCUGCUUCCCUUAAUGCCCUGACUGGAGAGGGGAGGGAGGAGAGGCCAGGCCCAGCUAGGCCUUGGGAUGGCUGCAGUGAGGAGAAAUCCCGGGAACUAUAUUGACACAAAGAUUCUUAUUGCACUUGUAUUUUUUUGUAUCAAAGUUUGCAUGGUUUCUAAUAAAGGAUUAAAACAUAAGUUUGUAGUGAAAUGGCCUGGGAGAUUCCAAGGGCUUCUCUGGAGGGGCAUUGGCUGCAAUGCAGAUUGCCCCCUGAGGAUGCCCCAGACUUGGCCUCCGCAGGCCCCUUCCUGACCUCUGCCCUUCUCUGGUUCUGGGGUCCCUUGGAGCUGGAGAAGGUAGGGGUGUUGACUUAGGCUUCGAUGUGAUCUCCAUGUGCAGGGCCUGACAGGUCCUCCCCGUUUCCGAGGCAGCAGUGCCCUGGGGAGGUUUGACACCACGUCCCCAGCUCCCCAGGCACACACCAGGAGACUGCAGGGUCUCAUGGAGGAAGUGCUGCCUGAGCCCAGGGAACCGGCUUUCCUCCUCAGAGACCAUGUGCAGAGCGCUUUCGCUGUGCCUGAACAUGAGGGAACCAGUGUUUUCUCAGGAGGAGGAAGGGCCUGCUGUGCUGAAACUGGAAAGGAAGCAGUAAGGGUCGGGUGGUCAGGAGACACCACAGAGGUGACAGCACAGGCCCAGAGUACCUGCUGCCUCUGCUGCAUAUGUCCUGGGGUCAUGAGGAUGCUGAGGUUGAUGACAGGCUCCAAGUCCUUUCACUCCUUUGACCAAGGGUUAGAGGGAAGGAGGUGGCCCAAGUGGAGUGUUCUCUAGGUGGGCUGCAGGACUGGUCACGAGUUCUGAGAGGUCAUCUGGUCAUAGCUCCCUCAAGGAUCCCGCACGCCAGAGCACCUGAGAAGGCCGGGAGCAGAGGCCCUGUGUGAUGUGUACUCCACGGCUGUUUGGGGUGGGAUGUUUCUGUACUUCCCAAUUUGCUUAUGGCUCAGCCAUUACCUGUGUCGGUCUGUGAUUCUGUGUAACAGUUUUAAGAGUAAAUAAAGCUGCCUGAUGUCCCA